AUGGAAGGCCACUGCCAAUGCGGCACCAUACGCUUCACAACCCCCCUCCCUUCCCCGCAAGCCCUAUACAUCUGCCACUGCACCGAAUGCCGGCACCAAUCCUCCUCGACCUACGGCAUGACCGCCGUCUUCCCUUACUUCCCCCUCACCGGCGCCCUCUCGACAUACAGCCGCCCCAACCCCAACGUCGUGACGAAGGGGUUCUUUUGCACGAAUUGUGGGAGCAGGAUCUAUCAUUUGCAUAUUGAUAAGGAGGGGCGGGAGGCUGCGGAUGUUGCUGUUAAGGCGGGGUGUUUGACGGGGUUGGGGAGGGAGAUGAUGAGGGGGGCGGUGCAUAUUUGGACGAAGAGUGCGGUUGUGGAUAUUCCCGAGGGUGUGGAGGCUUAUGAGGAAGAGCCGCCUGAUGGAAGCUUCUCUGGGGAGAAGUGA